GAGUGAGUGGAGAGACAAUUGGCUGCACCCCCAUUAGCCCCUCCCUGCCUCUAUAUACAAAUACUUCUCUAUAUACAAAUACUCUUUCCUUGUGUUACACAAAGCUCUCUGGGAGUCGGGUUACAGGCUGGGGCUGCACCUGAUUUCUCUGCAUGAACUGUGAGUGGAACAGGAUCUAGGUUUGAAGUCUCCCCCUGGCAGCCAUGUCCCAAGGUGGACAAGAUCCUGCCAAACCCAUCCAGACUCAACCUCAGUGGCAAAGUGCAUCAGGGACCUCUCACCCGGGCCAGUAUUCUAGACCGUACCCUGUUGUACCCCCAGGAAUUGAAUCCCUAGUAGAAGUGGAUGAAGUUACGUUCCGGAAAAAAGUUUUCGAGACUCCUGAUGGCCAAAUCCUUUAUUCUGUGAAACAGGACUGGGAGUGCUGUGGCAACCCUCUCAUACUCAAGUUAAAAGACCCUUAUGAACGGGAGGUUCUACAUGCACAUUUAUUGGCUGAAAGUGGAUGCUGCAACUCCUACAGAGAGCUGCAGGUUGAAGCCCCGCCGGGGUACCCCAUUGGGUUUGUGAGUUACCGUAGUAAACGUGGCCUUCAAUUCUCCAUCAGUGAUGAACAGCGGGAGCCCAUAUUCACGUCGCAGAUCAAAUCUCAUUCCUUCCCGAAGAAACCCACCGAGAUCUGCAGUGUCCAGGGGAGUCACCCCAUUGGACGGAUAUUAAAGAUCAAAGGAAAACCCUCAAAGAUUGUCAUUCAGUUCCCCAGGGACCUGGAGGCUAAAAUGAAAGCUGUGAUCCUGAUGACCUACCUCUAUAUGAAAUAUCGUGUGGAUGAGAUCAACAGUGAACACCACUCUGCAGAGUAGCCAGCCCAGUGCUGAUAAAGUUCUGCUAAUGGGGGGGGGGGGUGGCCCACCUGCCUCCCAACAUUCAGUGCAGUGAUGCUAUCCUCUUAGGGCCCUGGGAACCUACCUACAUAUGACUGGUUCCAUCCCUGCUCAUAAUAACCUUAAUCUAGUGUAUUAUUUGCUGUAAAUCUGUGAAAAACGUUCACAUUUCUGGGAUAAUCCAAUAAAUUUUGCCCCAUAUAACUCCUCCCUAUAACUCCUCCUAUUGCUCCAUAUAACCCCUCCCUAUAACUCCUCCUAUUGCUCCAUAU